AUGGAGCAACUGAAGCCAAAUCCGCCCAAUUCAACUUCACUAACUCCUCUCACUUUCUUGGAGAAGGCCGCUAAUAUAUAUGGCGAUGCCGCCUCUGUUGUCUAUAACGACGUCACCUUCACCUGGUCGGAAACUCAUCUCUUCAUACAGAGAUCCCAGAUCUGCUUUGAACAUAUUCGAUCCACCCACCGCCACACCAGACCACUGCUUCCACACAAACGCAACCACACCAAUGCUUCCAUCUCAGCCACACCACCGCAGCCUCCACCGCCACCGCCACCGCCACCGCCACCGCCACCGCCUCCGCCUUCCACCGUUGCAGCCACCACUGCCGUCGCAAACAGAUCUGCCGCCCGCACCAGCCACGACCACCAUUGCAGCCUUCGUUCACCUCUGCCUCAGUCACGGCGACCGCGCCUCCGCCUCCAUCGCCUUUGCCGUCGUCUGCCUCCGCCACCAGCCUCCGUUGUAAGCACCACCACCGUAGCCACCAUCCAUUUUCGCCUCCCCCGCAGCCACCAGAUCUGCGCAGCGCAACCACCACCACCGUCCGCCAUUUCCCCUCCACAGAAGCCACCACCGUCCGCCAUUUCCGCCUCCAUUGCGCAGAAUCUGAAACUUGUGAAAGAUGCAUUUAGCCAAAGGUUAGGAGUGGAAGCCCUUGGUAGGGUCAAACCAAAGGUAGAUCCUCUGUUCUUGUGGGGCUCCUGCAAUUCGUCCAUCUUUACGGCCAAGACAGAACAGUACAAAGAAGCCAUUUUGGCAUAUGCAAUCCUUCUCAAAAUAGAAAAUGACAAGAAUGGGUUGGAUACUAAGGUGGAGAAGCAUGAUUCCUCGGUGCAUAAGCAGAUCAAAGAUAACUAAGGUGGUCAUUAGGUUCUUAUUUGAUGCUUCUAAACACUAAUAUGAUAUUUUGUUUUUCUUAGAAAGGUUUUUAUAUAUAUAUUAGAAAGCUUGUGUAUAUAUGGGAUGAUUCAAAGAAAAGAUUGUAUAUAUUAAUUGA